GGGCGCAUCUCCUGACAGUAGGACCAUCUGAUGCGUGCGGUCACUGCGGGCUGGUACAUAAUUCCUAACUGCAAACCCAUACUCGUGACUGGACCUCGAGGACAUCGUAGACGACAGUGACUGCCGUCAUGCGGAGCCGGAGCGCGUGCAGAAGUACGGCUACCCGGUGGAGGAGCACUGGGUGACUGGCGAGACGGGCUACGUGAUGCGCGUGUUCCGGGUACCCCGCGGGCGCCCGCAGUCGCAGACGCAGGCCCAGCAGCCAGACGCUGCUCGGCCCGCCAUCUACCUGCAGCACGGCGUCGUCGCCAGCUCCGACAUCUGGCUGCUGCUCGGCGAAAAGUCCUUUCCUUUCGUGCUGGCGGACGCUGGCUAUGAUGUGUGGCUGGGCAACGCCCGUGGCAACGUGUACUCCACCAACCACACGAGGCUGGACCCCAACAGCGAGGAGUUCUGGCAGUUCAGCUGGCACGAAAGCGGGAUGGAGGACCUGCCGGCGGUGGUGGACUACGUGCUGCAGCAGGCGCGCCGGCCGCAGCUGGUGUACGUGGGGCACUCGAUGGGCGGCACCAUGUUCUACGUGCUGGCCUCGCUGCGGCCCGAGUACAGCCGCAAGGUGGGCGCCGCGUUCCUGCUGGCGCCUGCCGUCUUCAUGGCAGACCUCUACAGCCCGCCGCUGCGCGCCGCCGCGCCUCUGGCGCAGUCCAUCGCCGUGGCGUCCAGGGCGCUGCUGAAAGGGCGCACGCCGCCGCUCAGUCUGCCGGUGAACCACCCGGCCACGCUGCUGCCCGCCGUCGUCGCCUACUCCGUGCUGGCCGGCUUCAGCGACCUCGAGGACGAUCACCUGACGAUGGCGGUCUACCUGACGCACGUUUCUCAAGGCGGCUCACUCAGGCAGGCGGUCCACUACGCACAGGAGAUCCUCAGCGGUCACUUCCGUCAAUUCGACUAUGGCCGCGCGGGAAACAUGCGGCGCUACGGUCGCGCUACACCACCGGACUACCCGCUGGAGAAAGUCGCAAUCCCACACAUGGUCAUGUAUGGCGAUGACGACUGGUAUGUCUCCAUGCAAGACGUGAAACGCCUGCAAGACGCUCUACCCAAAAACAUCGUGAAGAUGUACAGGGUGCCCGAGGUCGGCUUCACACACAUGGACUUCAUGUGGGGCCGCAACGCCAGAAGACUGAUCUACGACAAGAUCUUGGCUUCGAUUGUCAACACGGAGCCACCGCUUGACGAGAGGUCUCUGCGGAAGCGGCGAAGCAAACUCUCCUGCGCAGGAGGAAAAAGGCGGGACUGAAGACUCAUCGCGUGGGAAGACGUAGACACUUGCCUGCUGAAGAGGAUACAUACUCUUUGUGUUAUAUCUACCUCAUCUGACCAUACUGUGAUGGAAAUACGUACACACUUACGUGCUCAAGCGGAUACAUACUCAAAGUGUUACAUAUACCUCAUCUGACGAAAGAGCUUCAGAUCGCCAGGCAUGACUGCAUAACCAGCUCGACAAGGCGAUCUGUAGCGAUGGUCACUUAUACAUUGGUACUAUUAAGAAAUAUGGCAUGACUGCACUAUACUACCGCCUACUUUAGACCACAGAGUAACAGUUAAAAUCUUCAAACUUCCUGGCAGAUUAAAACUGUGUGCCGGACCGAGACACGAACUCGGGACCUUUGUCUUUCGCGGGCGAGUGCUCUACCAACUGAGCUACCCAAGCACGACUCACAGCUUUACUUCUGCGAGUACCUCGUCUCCUACCUUCCAAACUUUACAGAAGCGCUCCUGCGAGUGCUGGUUCUGCAGGGUUCGCAGGAGAGCUUCUGUAAGGUUUGGAAGGUAGGAGGCGAGGUACUGGCAGAAGUAAAGCUGUCAGGACGGGUCGUGAGUCGUGCUUGGUAGCUCAGUUGGUAGAGCACUUGCGCGCGAAAGGCAAGGUCCCGUGUUCGAGUCUCGGUCCGGCACACAGUUUUAUUCUGCCAGGAAGUUUCAUAUCAGCGCACACUCCGCUGCAGAGUGAACAUCUCAUUCGAGUUAAAAUCUUGCUUCACUCUAACAGUCUACCCAACUAUAACGGGAGUGCCCGCAUCUCGUGGUCGUGCGGUAGCGUUCUCGCUUCCCACGCCCGGGUUCAAUUCCCGGCGGGGUCAGGGAUUUUCUCUGCCUCGUGAUGGCUGGGUGUUGUGUGCUGUCCUUAGGUUAGUUAGGUUUAAGUAGUUCUAAGUUCUAGGGGACUGAUGACCAUAGGUGUUAAGUCCCAUAGUGCUCAGAGCCAUAACGGGAGUGGCAUGCGUGCUUCCUGUCUUGCGGCCACAAGUGGUCGUCACGGGUCGGCAAUAACCUGUGGGACAUUGUAGCAAACGCUUUAUGUCUGAUCCCGAGGUCUUCUUACCUUUAUCGUUGCAGGAAAUGGACAAAACAGUACGAACACUCAACUAAUGUGGUGCAUGACAAUAUUCAGUGUCCAAACAGACAUGUAAUGUCCUGGGGCGCUUUGUUAUAUUAUGAACAGUCACAGCUCAUCUACAGAAUUUUAGACGGCACUUAAAAGUGCUGAGGAAUGUCUUCAGACAUAUUAAAACAAUGUAUUGGGUAUCCACAUGAAAUUUCCUUGAUUUCCAAGUCGUAGAAGAUUGGACGUUACACUCUAAAACUAACCUCAUUUCCAAUUGCAGUUACAAAAACAGCCAAAAAAUUAAAAAAAUAUGACACCUAGAAACUUAUGGUUUAUGGCAACAAGUAAAAUAAAUUGAAAAGUUUUGUACAAAAAAUUAAUUCAUUUUUACAUGGGCUUCUUUUGUAACUCGUAAAAUGUCUGUGCGACAUUCUGAACCCAUGUCCACACAAGUACGUCAGUGGUGGUGAAGACCAUUGCAACCAUACUUCUUUUACGGGGAUUGCCAAGGCCACGUACGGGCGGGGCACACAAGUUGUCUUUCACAUAGUCCUGUAGGAAGAAUUCCAGAUGGAUUAUGUCUGGAGACGGCUGUGGCCAGUUGGUUGGUCCACCAAGCUCUAUCUAUCGCUGUGGAAACAUUCGGUCCAGCAAGUCACCAACAUGUGAACUUCACUACAGUGGUGCCGGUCCUCCUAGAGGAUCAAAUUUGGCUGAAGGGGAAGAAGCUGAGGGACAGAAAAUUGCUUCCGCUUGUCCACAUAAACUGUUCCUGUUGCUUCUGAUAUGUUCCCGAAAACUGUGGCGGUUUUUCAAACCACAGAGGUGAAUGUUGUUCCGAUUAAAGUCCUGACUUGUUUGAAAUGUUGCUUCGUCAGAGAAAGUUCCUAGAUCUCGCCUGACCCGGUCCAGUAUCUCAAAUUUGCAGCGGAACUGGAAGACGUUUCGCUUCAGUUCUUACACAAUUUGCAGUUUGUAAACGUUUAGACGAAACGGUUUAAGCGGCACUUUGUGAGCUACUAAGCGAGAAAUGUUUACUCCCGAGAUUGUAGGUGACUUCAUGGACUUCUUUGGAAGGUAUCUCUGACCUUCUCCAUUUCAUCAGAUGUGCUACUGUCAGAACCUGUCUAUUUACACUCCCAAUGGCUAGUCAUACCAAGCCUUAAUCGGCUGGUGGUUCCCUUUGAAAUCAGGUCGAAAAUUUCUUUGGUCAGCAAUGAAUGAUUUCGUUUCCGUAUACCAAAGAAUUCCUGAGGUAUAGUCAUUUCUGGUAAUUAUGUAACACCUGAAACAAAACAAAAGGAAUCGUAUCUAAGAAAGAAAAUCUGUACAAAGCUUUUUGAGCUCCUUUGCAAUGAUGCCUCAAAACCCCAAGUAUAUACAUAAUAUUGCUUCUAGGAAAUUCGGGAGCUUUCUAGAGGACAUCAUGUAUUACACUAAGAAGAUAGGAAGUUCUCAGAAUACAAACAAUAUGUGGUCAGCUUUAAAGAAAUGUCAGAAUAUGGAUGUUCAACGUACCACACAUUUUCUCCAGGAGAAUGAUACAAUUAGUGAUACACAAGUGUUGUUCAAAAUGUUACGGUAAUAGCUGUGUAAUACUUCUCUCAAUUCUGUACAAUUAGUAAAUGUUUUUAUCCUUCACGUAGAAUAAUUUUGUAUACUUUUCCAAGUGCUUGUAAAUCAUAUUUU